UAUUUCAAAUUAAUUACACGCCACCAGUAAUUUUGACAGUUUAAAACUGAAGUUGUCAAAAUACAAGUAAAACCUAAAAUACUAAACUCUUUCUUGUUUAAACUCUAUUUAGGCUAAAGUUUAGAAAGGUGUAGUUCUAGUAUAAAUCUUCACAAAUACAAAUAAAAAAAUUUUGAAAAUGGGCCGGUAUGCGCGUGAGCCAGAAAAUCCCGCAAAAUCUUGCAAAGCUAAAGGUUCUAAUCUGAGAGUCCAUUUUAAGAAUACAUGUGAAACUGCAAACGCAAUAAGAAAUAUGCCGCUCAAAAGAGCUGUGGCAUAUUUAAAUAAUGUAAUAACACAGCAAGAGUGUGUUCCGUUCAAAAGGUUCAAUGGUGGAGUUGGUCGAUGUGCUCAAGCUAAACAAUUUGGUAUCACUCAGGGAAGAUGGCCCAAAAAGUCGGCAGAAUUUCUUUUGCAUCUGUUAAGAAAUGCUGAAAGUAAUGCUGAUUAUAGCGGACUUGAUGUAGAUAGAUUAGUAAUAGGACACAUCCAAGUAAACAAAGCUGUUUGUUUGAGACGUCGUACUUAUAGAGCACAUGGUAGGAUUAAUCCAUACAUGUCUUCACCGUGUAAUAUCGAAUUAUGGCUAACUGAGAGAGAGUCUACACCAGAUAUUCCGCAAAAAGGGAGAUCUAAUAAAGUCAAGAGAUCUAAAGCAUAAGAAGAUUUUUCGUUUAAUAAUUGUUUUGGUAUUGCCAUGUAGCUUUUUUUAGUUUUGGUUUAAUAAAAUUGUUCUCUACCUA